GAAUGAUAUGAUAAAGAGGGUUAGAAAUUGUGGGAUAUUUUACACUUUUAAACAUGCAUUUAGACAAUUUUACAAUUGACAGUGGUGAGAGUAAUGGUCUAGAUAGUGAUAAUAGUGAUUAUAGUUCACAAUCAUUCACAAGUGAAGAUAGUUUGAGUAGUAAUGAUACAGCAAGUGAAAAUAAUGCAGAAUGUUCUAAUCCAAACAACAAUCAGAUUUCUGCUCAUGGAAGUAAUGGUACAGACCCAAUUUUGUUAAAUGAAAAUGAGGAAGAAGAUGAAGUUAUAAAAGCAAUAAUUAGGUCACAAAAUGCAAAUACCAAUCAUCCUCCACCUAUUACAACAGAGGACCAUGUAGUAGAUAUAUGUUUCCAUCCUAGUUCAGACAUAAUUGCUGUAGCUAAUAUUGUAGGAGAUGUGUACUUAUAUAAAUAUAGCAGCACAGACACAGAAUUGGUAUCAACUUUAGAAUUACAUUCUAAAGCAUGUCGCGAUGUAGAAUUUAAUGAAAGUGGUACAACUUUAUUUUCCACUGCUAAAGAUUUAUGUAUAAUGCUCACUGAUAUUCAAACUGAAAAGUUAAUAAGAUUUUAUGAAAAUGCACAUGAGGAACCAAUAUAUACAAUGACUGUAAUUGGAGAAAAUAUGUUUGCAACUGGAGAUGAUGAUGGUGUAGUAAAAGUAUGGGACCUUAGACAAAAGGGAAAUGUACCUAUAUUUUCAAUAAAAAAAAUGGAAGAUUAUGUAAGUGCUAUAGUAACACAUACAGAUGCAAAAUAUUUAGUGUGUGCAAGUGGGGAUGGGUCGCUCACUACAUUUAACAUACCAGGAAAGAAGCUACAUGUUCAAUCAGAAGAAUAUGGUGAGGAAUUGACAUGUCUUGGUUUAUUUAAAUCUGAAACGAAAAUUUUGGUGGGUACAAGUACAGGAAAAAUGUAUUUGUAUAAUUGGGGAGAAUUUGGCAUUCAUUCAGAUGAAUUCCCAAAUGUAACUAAAAAAGCUAUAAACUGCAUGAUUCCAAUGACUGAAAAUGUUGUAGUAACAGGAGGAGAAGAUGGCAUACUUAGGGCAACCAGUUUGUUUCCUCAUCAUCAUCUUGGAAUAGUAGGACAACAUCAACUUUCUAUUGAAACUCUUGAUAUUAAUAGUGAUGGAACUUUAAUUGCAUCUUCUUCGCAUAAUAAUGAUAUCAAAUUUUGGAAUGUAAAGUAUUUUGAAGCUUUAAAUGUUAGUAAUCGUGUGAAAGGCGGAAAACAGAAACAAUUAAAACACAACCUUCCAAGCAGUAAAGUCGAUAAUGCCUCCAACUUUUUUGCGGAUCUUUAA